AUGGCGUCCUACGACGAGAAGGUCCAUGACGCAGGACAACUGGAGAGACCCUCCUCUGGCAUUUCCGACCGCCACAACAAUGCUGUCAUCGAUGAAUUCUCUUUGGAGGAGAAGAAGAAACUUAUUCGAAGAAUCGAUAAGCGACUCGUCUUAACACUCGGCUUCAUGUACUGCGUGUCAUUGAUGGAUCGGACAAAUACGGGUGUUGCAGUCGUCGCAGCUACUGUCAUCCUGCGAAAAGUCGGUCCCCGAAUAUUCCUACCCCUCAUCGUCAUCCUCUGGGGUCUCACCACGAUCGGCAUUGGUUUCGUCAGGGUAUGGACUGACCUCCUCCCACUUCGACUCCUCCUCGGUGUCUUUGAGGCUGGAUUCUUCCCAGGUUGUGCCUACUUGCUCUCCUGCUGGUACCCACGCUAUGAACUUCAAAAGCGAAAUGCUGUGUUCUAUCUCAUUGGUAGCAUGUCGUCAGCGUUCUCUGGUAUCCUCGCUUACGGCUUCUCUGAACUCGCGGGCAAGGGUGUAGGCGCUGACUGGAUGGGCUACCACUUUGGUCCGACCCGAGCGAACCCUACGGCCCCGAGAUAUUUUGGUCCUGGUCUUUCCGGUUGGCGGUGGAUCUUUAUUUUACAGGGUGCUCUUACAAUUUUUGUUGGAAUGAUUGGCUGGUAUUUCAUCGUCGACUUCCCAGAGCUCGCCGCCAAAAAGAGCUUCUUUGGCGCGAACUUCCUUAACGAGCGAGAAGCUGCAUUCGUCGUUGCAAGGAUCGAGAAGGAUCGCCACGAUGCGAUUCCCGAGGCAUUUGCUGUGGGGAAAUACCUAAAGCAUGCCCUCGACCUCAAAGUAUGGGGUUUCGCCACGCUCUUUAUGUGUUCCACGACCAUUUCAUACGCCAUUGCUUUCUUCCUCCCCAUUAUCCUCAACGAGGGAAUGGGAUUCGGUCGCGCUGCGUCACAGUGCUUAAUCGCACCACCAUACGUCCUCGCCGCCAUCGUCAUGUUUGCUUUCGCCUGGUAUGGCGAUAAGUGGCAUAUCAGAUCUCCUUUUAUACUCGCAAAUGGUGUUCUUGCGCUUGUCGGCCUGCCACUAAUGGGUUUCGUCGAGAACGUUGGAGCUCGAUACUUUGGCGUCUUUCUUGCUACCACUGCUGCUAACGCAAAUAUCCCUUGCGUCCUGACGUGGCAAGCGAAUAACAUCCGUGGUCAGUGGAAGCGAGCUCUCUGCUCUGCCACCCUUGUUGGUGCUGGCGGUAUCGGUGGUAUCAUCGGCUCUACAGUCUUUAGGACGCAGGACAGCCCAGAGUAUAUACCGGGCAUUACUGCUUGUAUGGUGGCUGCUGCAGUAAUCGUUAUUGUUACGCUGCUCCUGGACCUGAAAUUCUCACGAGCUAACAAGAGAGCCGCUGCUGGUGGAAAGGUAAUUGAGGGUCUCGAAGGAUUCAGAUAUACCUUGUAG